GCCGGAAAGGGGCUUGUACGGUUAUGAGGGUGCUGCUUUCUUGGGUGGAGGCUACAAACUUUUCUCUGUUACUUCGCUGAAUCCGGACAGCAGGAGGCUGGAAUGUGAUAAGGGAAUAUAAACUUUACUUGAAAAUUUAAUUAGUGUGCGGUUUCAAACGAGCUCGGCUCGUAGAGGAGUUUGAGUUUUGUGAAACACUGCGGCGAAGUUGUUUGGACACUUAUUAGCACAUUAGCUAACAACUAGUUAGCUGGUUAGCUCGUAAAGCCACGCAGGGGAAGCGAGAAACGCCUCAGGAUAUCCCGGACCAAUGCAGGCCAUAAAGUGCGUCGUUGUCGGCGACGGGGCUGUUGGUAAAACAUGCCUGCUGAUCAGCUAUACCACCAAUGCAUUCCCUGGAGAGUAUAUCCCUACAGUAUUUGAUAAUUACUCUGCAAAUGUGAUGGUGGAUGGUAAACCAGUCAACCUGGGUCUAUGGGAUACAGCAGGACAGGAAGAUUAUGACAGGCUCCGCCCUCUUUCCUACCCACAGACAGAUGUCUUUCUCAUCUGCUUCUCCCUUGUGAGUCCUGCCUCAUUUGAAAACGUCCGUGCAAAGUGGUACCCUGAAGUAAGACACCAUUGUCCUAACACUCCAAUAAUUCUGGUGGGAACCAAGCUUGAUCUGAGAGAUGACAAGGACACUAUUGAGAAGCUCAAGGAGAAGAAGCUCACUCCUAUCACCUACCCUCAGGGCCUGGCUAUGGCUAAAGAGAUUGGAGCUGUCAAGUAUCUGGAAUGCUCGGCUCUGACACAGCGCGGCCUUAAGACAGUGUUUGAUGAGGCCAUCAGAGCCGUCCUCUGCCCUCCCCCUGUCAAGAACAGAAGGAGGAAGUGCUCCCUGCUGUAGACGCACAGCGAGGCCUGUCAUCUGAGCUGUGUUUUGUGGAAGAGGAAUGAAAUGGCGUGUUUGUUCAGAGCUCCCUCUCCUUUGUGACUACCAGUACAAGUUUUUAUCUUCACAAAACUGAUAAUAAUCUCUAGAUGUAGGAAUGAGAGAUUGACCUCGAAUCCAUCUUCCCGUAGACAGACAUAUGCACAUACCGAAUAUUAGAAUUCCUGCGGCCUUUGAACACAGAUUUUUAACAUUUUGAGAAGUUUUCUUAUACUUGGUUCACUUCUUUUAAAAGCCCAUGUGGUUUGUUUACAGUCUUUGUUGGAAUGGAAUGAAGGUCUUGCCAAAUAGCACUACAGUACUGAGAACUUGCAUUGCAAACACUACAUCUGUUGCAUUUCCUUCUGACUUGAAAAAUGUUUGAACAAUAACCAGUGGAUAGAUAGGCAAGAUAGGAUAACCUGUGUUUUAGUAAUGUUCUUUAAAUGUUAGUCAAUGUAGUUGCCAUCUAAAAAAAAAAAAUCUGGUUGUGGUAUUGGAAGGAGGUCAUCACUGGCAAUGUAUUUGUAUUACUCCAUGAUCAUAAGUUUCUAACACUAUUGUUGUCUGACUUCAUACUGUAAAAUAUUUUAGACCUGAAGGACCUGCAAACAUAGCUUCAGUGUUGUUUUAAUGCUUCAGAUGAAGCACACAUAUACCUCCCAAUUAGGCUACAGCAUGUUUCUAAUUGUUGGGUCCAAGCUAAUCCUCUCCAGUACCUACAACCCAGCCUAUAUACCUUCUCUGACUACAUAGAAACAAACUGCAGUCUGAAAGAUUGUAUGCUAUAGUGUGGGACUUGAUGCAUGUAGGGCUACCAGCAUCCUUUAUUGGUUUUGAGGCAUUUAUAAUAAUCCUUAAAUACAGUUGUAAAAAUAUUUUAAAAGGUAUUGUUAAUGGCACAUUUUAGCUUUUUUUUUUUAAUAUUUGGAAGUGUCCGAAAAUGAAAAGGCAAGACUACUGUGGAAACGUAUGCUACAUGACAGAUUUAUGUGAAGUCGCUUUCUUUUCUUUUAGACAUCUUACUCCCACCACAGUUAAUCAUUUUCUAAUUAAAAUUUUUACUUUGUACUCUAACAUUUAACUGUCAUAUCUGCAUAGUAAUUGCUUUUCUAAGAGCAUGAAAAUGUCAUGUAGUGUGACAUUUUAAGGCUUGUUUUGAACCACUGUCCCAAAUUCCAAGUAUAGAAAUGUGCAUUUGCCAUUGUAUAAGUUUUGUCUGCACAGUUAUAGCCAAUGCUGUAACCCUGUUGUUAGGGCUAAUCCUAAUCACUUGUUAUACAAACAUGGUAACAGAAAUAAAUCAUAAUUAAAUGUGA